AUGGAAGCGGAAUUCGAGAACAAAUUAAAUAGCACAAAUAUAAUUGACAAGGCUAGUGGAAUUAUAAUGAUUAUUUGCGCUUUGAGUAUAUGGAUAGCGAUUUUUGGUGUUUGCUUACUACUUAUAGUUGUUGUUAUAUUUAAGCAAUUUGAAUAUUAUAUUAUUAUAUUUCAAACUAGAGCUGUAAAUCUACUCUAUUCAUUCUUAGAUUUGACGAAAAUUUAUCCGAAAAAGUCACAAAGCCUAUUAUUAUUUGAAAUACUAAUAGGUGUUUAUAAAUGCAAUCCACAUUAUGAUGAUAAAAAUCAAACCUUUACGUAUGACAUUUAUGAUAACAAGUCUAACAAGAUUACAAAUUAUAUCCCUAUGGAGGAUUUUAGUGUAAUAUCUGGACAAGGAUCGGAUAUAUGCAUGCUUGGAGAAAAUCAUCUUAAGGAGAAUGGAAAAUUGAUAGUGUUUUUUCCAGGAAACGCGUAUCAUCUUAUAGCGGUCUUGGAAAUAAUAAAAAAAUAUUUCGAAAGAUAUAAAUCCGAUAAAGUAUGUGUGGCAGCGAUGAUAUAUAGAGGUAUGAAUGAGAGUUUGACACCAUCAGAGAAAAACUUGAAAAAUGAUAUUCAAAAUUUUAAAAGAAUUAUCAAAGAAACCAAUCCAAAUACAAAAUUUAUCAUAUAUGGAUUCUCCAUAGGAUGUGCGCCAGCAAUACAUUUGGCGUCCAUAAUUGAAAAUCCGCAGAAUAAUUAUCAUACAUUGAUAAUACAGAAUCCAUUCAGGAAUUUGGGCGCUGCAGUCGAAGGAAUAGUGGAACAAAUUAUUCCGAUUCCUAGAUUAAUAAUCGAUCUUUUCAUAAGUGAUGAAUGGGACAAUGAAAAUAAGUUAUUACUUGUUAAUGAUGAAACCAAAAUUUAUUUGUUUAUUUCCGAAGAUGAUAACGUAAUCAAGCCCAAAACGAAUCAGUUAGUACUUAACAAUCUAUUGAGCGAGAAACGAACUUUAUUCAUUAAUUUUAUGCCAAAAAUUGUGAAAACACCUAGAACUCUUUCUCGUGAUUGUUCACGACAUAAUAUUGAUAUGAGUACUGAUAUUAACGAAAUUAUUAAUGCUAGUAUCCGCCAUAAUAAAUAA